UUUCUAGGAUAACACUUUCACAAAAUGUGGCCGAACCGUUCUUUUCAAUGACUCAUCGUUGAAGAGGAGAAAUGCGAGGUAUUCCGCAUAUAUUUUUUUAGCGAGUAAAGAUAUGAACAACCAUAAUUAGGAACAAACAUGUUUUUUCUUCCGGACCGCAAGGUCUGGAUAGGUUUUACGGGUAGCCUUUUCUAAGGUUAUCCCGUCCUAAACGCCGCGAUGACGACGUUUUGCAUUUCUCUCUCGAGGUUACGUUCAAGUACGCUAUACUACAACAAAUUUCUUCUGGGUUUAAGCGGUUCCAGUAGCUUUUUUUUUUUUUUUUUUGGUUGCUGUUGUUGUCUUCGUUGCUGUUGAUUUGCAAGGUUGGUUGUGUACUACUGGUUCACAAGUUUUUUCGGAUUCUCUCAGCCAUCAUGCGCUACAAAUUAAGGUGGUAGACAACAGUAAGCGUCACGAGUGUUCGGCUAGUAGUUUACCUGCAUUUCUACCGCACAAAGCCCAGCAUAUACUUUUUGAUGCAAUAUGUGAUGAUAUCUCAAAAUUAAAAUUUAAGCGCGAUAAUCCCAACGCAAAUUUGUAGAAGCGUUGUGGCACCAUGAAACGAGAUUUACAAGUGGUAUUUGGUCCAACAAACCAAUUACUGUUAUCUAAUCUUCUAAUCUAUCUAAUCAUUCUUUACUCGAAAAAGAUUUUAAUUUAUUAUUUGUUUCGUGGCUCACUGGGUUCAUCUUGAAGGAGUGAAGAAUGUGUACGAAAAGCUGAAGAAAUUUGGUACAAGACGGCCAUUCUCUUUCAAACCUUCCAGAUGAAGCAGAGGUUUAGUAAAAGACACGAAGGCAUACGAACUGCCGUAUCAGUUCUUUUUUUCAGCAAAAAACGAUUUUGCUUUCUUUUUGUCAGAACCUUACUCACAUGUUCCGAAAUUCCUUCUUUCAGUAGCGGAACUCAGUGAGCUCUACCAUGCAUCGUUGCGGGCCAUUUCUCCGGACAAACCCUUGCCAGACGAAAGCGGUUAUUGGGACGAGCCUCCGACACCCCGCAACCCGUUUCCCUACCGCAUUGCGUACACGGAAAAAAUGCGGCCACUACGCCCGUCGGACUUCCCCGUCAAGAGCUCAGCCAAUUCUGUUCGAUGCGAGACGGGCAGCUCAUCAGAAGGCACCUCGACAAACACGGACGACGACUCAAGCAUCGUAACGGCGCCUCUCCUCAGCGCGUACGCUUGGAUCACCGUGCUCUGCGUCGCCUCGGCCACCUGCCUGCUUUCGCUGGUACUCGUCAUGGUCGUAAGCCAUCGCGCGAUGAAGCCACCUACACCGACUCCCGAAGAGCAGGCCGUGUUCAUCGAUCCUGUGGAGUUUGUGGCAAAGAACGGACCGGACCUGCCCACAGAUGAUGGUGGUGGCACCGUUUCCGAUACAACUGCGAAGGCACAACCGGAAACGGAAGUGCCACAACAUGCCGCAGACUACCGCACCGUUAGCCCGCAAGAGCGCGGGCAGCGCUAACUUGCGCUAUUUAAAAUUUUUCACUUACCUCUAUUCGAGCAUCUUGACUAAUAAAUGCUUACUUCACGCAUAGUUUAGCAGGUCUCAGA